ACAACAAACUUCACAUUUUGGUUUUGACACUUGCUUAGAGUGAGCAAUCUGUGUUUCAAAUGUGGGAGAAAGAUUUUAACCUGUAUGAUACCACAAAAAUGCAUGAUGAGGAAGCUGAGGAUGACAUCCCUAUGCAGCUUGUCAUUCAGCAAAGCCUACAGGACAUACCCGGAAGCAAGACAGUGGCUACUGCAAAGAGUGACAGCAUUUGUUUCACAAGAAGUCCAGAUUACAGAAAGAUCAUCACUGCCAUUCGGACAGUUAAAUCUUUCAUACUCAUAACAGGUGAAGAAGAGUCUUUACUUAAGUUGACGAGGAAUGGAUCUGCUUUUCAGGAAGUAGACUCCCAAGGUUGGCUUCCUCUUCAUGAAGCAGCAGUACAACCAAACAAGAACAUUCUAGAAAUUACUUUGAAAGCCUCACAUCCUAGUGUCUGGCAACAGACCAACCUGAAAGGAGAAACUCCCCUCUUUCUAGCUGUGGACAAAUGUCUUGUGAAAAAUGUCAAUGUUCUGCUAAUUAAUGGGUUUGAUCCUGAUAUUAAGAAUGAAGAAGAAGAUUCUGCUUUAAUUAUUGCAAUUACACACGAAUCAUAUGAAAUUGCUUCCUUGUUGAUACAAUUUGGAGCCAAUACCAAUCUACAGUGUAUCAACAAAAGGACAGCUUUACACGAGGCAGCCAGAUUAGGCUUGAAAGAUAUGGUGGAAUUACUGCUUUGGUCCAAAGCAGAUCCAGAUCCACGAAGUUCAUAUGGGCUCACCCCUCUAGCGUUGGCAGCACAGAAUGGGCAUACAGAAAUUCUGGAACUCCUACUGCGUAAAGGUGCCAACAUCCUUUCUCAAGCAUCAGAUUCUGCAUCUAUAUUAUUUGAGGCUGCUGGAGGAGGAAACCCAGAUUCCAUCUCUCUCCUACUAGAAUAUGGAGCUGAUGCCAACGUACCAAAGCAAUCUGGUCAUCUUCCUAUCCAUAGAGCUGCUUAUAGAGGUCAUUUCUUGGCUUUACAGAUUUUGAUUCCAGUCACAGAUUUCAAUGCCAUAAAGGAGAGUGGAAUCAGCCCACUUCACUCGGCAGCAGCAGGAGGACAUUCUCAGUGUCUUGAAUUUCUACUCAAAUCUGGGUUUGAUGCUAAUUUUAUGUUGCAUCGAAGAGUUCAGAAAAACUAUGAUGAUGAGAGAAGGUCAGCACUGUAUUUUGCGGUCUCUAAUGGGGAUAUUGAGUCUGCUCGUUUGCUCCUGGAUGCCGGAGCCCUACCAAAUCAAGACCCUGUUAAUUGCCUCCAAGUGGCCUUGAGAAUGAGUAACUAUGAACUCAUCAGUCUCCUGCUUCGCCAUGGAGCCAACGUGAAUUACUUUUGUAGAAUCAAUACAACCCAUUUUCCAUCGGCUCUACAGUACACACUGAAAGAUGAAGUCCUCUUAAGGAUGUUGCUGACUAAUGGAUACAAUGUUUCCCGCUGUUUUGAUUGUCCUCAUGGAAACAGCAAGCAUUCCAAGUACCUAUUUGAAGGGUGGACCUCAACUGUUAUCAAAGACACAAUGUUCUGUGAAGUGAUUACACUGUCAUGGUUAAGGCAUCUGUCUGGGAAGGUAGUGCGAGUGAUGCUAGAUUAUGUAGAUCAUAUUAGAAUAUGCUCUAAACUUCAAGAUACUCUUCAAGAACAAAAACUGUGGCCAGAAAUCAAAGCAAUUUUGUCAAACACACGUUCUUUGCAACAUCUUUGCCGUCUGAGAAUCCGAAAAUGCUUAGGACGUUUACGACUGCGCUGUCCAGUGUUCUUGACAUUUCUGCCAAUACCAAACCGUUUGAAAGAAUAUAUCCUCUAUAAGGAGUAUGACCUCUAUGGACAAGGACAUCUAAAAGGAAUCUACUAAGUGAAAUGCAUAAAAGUGCAGUUGGAAGAUAGCCUAUAUAUAAAUGUACAAAGAUAUUAAAAGCAUGUUUAAUAUAGAAUUCUAGUUGGUACCAAUAUAUCUGGUUGCUUUAUACUAGAGUGCAAAAAAGUACUUUGAUGAAGAGUUAAUGAAACGAAACACUAUCAAACCUCAAUGCAGUUUUGCAGAUCUGAUUUAUGGCAUUUUCAUUUGCAUAGAUAUAUGAACUAACCAUGUUAAUUUGAAAUAUCUAACACUGCACAAAUGUAAAUUAUGUAACAACACUCAAAUGAUGUACUCUGGGAGCUGAUGUCCCAAAACCCUGUGAUAUUUUGAUUCAAUGGAAGGAAGAUUGGUCUGGGAAAAAGGAGUUCCCUAUAAUAUUCUAUCAGUGGAGGGGGUUCUCCUUGCAACGCUCCAUAGGCUCACAAAAUCCACUGCAAUUUUUCCAUGUUAGCUGUAAAUAUUGAAAGCAGUUUCUUAAAGACUAGCAAGAGUUAAAUAUGACUGUGUGUCCUUUACUCAUAGGUGCCCACAUUGUACCGAAAUAAUUGCAUGCUGUUUUAACACAUAACAUUUUCAAGAAGUACAAGCAGGGCAUGACUAUACUGCCUAAUCUUGACUCUUUCUUUAUGAAUACUGAAUAUUCCCUUUAGAAGGAAAACAAUUUGCAUAUGUAAGAGGUGUUAAUUGGCACACACAAAAAUAGGUCAUGUAUAAACUCAUGGAAGAUCUUUUGGUUGGUACUUGUAUUUUUAAGCAAUACUUCUUGUAUAUAUCUUAAAAAUUAUAUUUAACUUUAAAAUUUGGCUUUCCAGGUGAAGUUUAGUCUUAGAUUUUGUAUAUGUGUUAUUCAGAUACCUUAAUAGCUUAGGGUUUUGCCGCCUAUAUCCUUAAGAUGCAAUUUAAAAUCCUAUGCCUUUUUUAUUGCAAGUAUUCAAAAACAAAGUAACUUCAAAACUUUGCAACUUCAAAAACAAUCUGUUUUACAACCCCAAAAGGUUUUCUUUGAAAAGCAGUAUUGUAAAUGAAGUAUUUCCAAAAUAACUGUCGCCAUGUACCUUUACAUUACAGGUGUAAUUAAAAUUGUAUAUCCUUGUCUUGUGUAUUGCCUACACCAAUUGUAUAUUUUUAGUUAUUUGACAAAGUAUUUGAAAUAUUUAUCAAAUAGUAUUAUGUCACAAGUAUUGCUUCAUCUUGUCUAAGAAACUGCAACCACUUGUUAAAAAUACAAUAUUUACAGAUUUAAUUUUCAUAGA